ACUCACGCCACACUCGUGUUUCAGAUAAAGGAGUCAAGAUUGAGAUGGCUUCCUCCUAUCCGGUUUCAAAAAUACGUUUUUUCGCUGAGUCGCCGAAUGCUCCUGCCGUUCUUAUGUGUCCUUGCCUGCUAUUCCUUCUUUGGAUUCGUCCAGCAGGUGAGUCCGACGCUGGGCAGGGGCCCGAGAGUCCCGAGCCGAGCGCUGGCGAGGCGGCCCCGCGACGGACCACCGCCUACGAGACCCACCACGGACCCCAUUCCACUCGACAUCGCACCUCUCGUCGACAACUCCCCCGCACGCAACCUAGUGCAGGAUCUCCAAGAGGCUGUGCCCAACUUGCCCUCUCGUUAUUGGCUCAAGAACGACAAUGGUAUGGGCAUGAACAAAAGCUGUGCCAAGUAUCCAUCUCUGUACCAGAUCCGCUUCAACAACGGCCGGUGGCAGACCUUCGACGCUUCCAACGGCACCUUCUACCUGUUUAGUGCAUAUUAUGACAACAGGACCUUGGCAGAGCGGCCAGUUGUGCGUGUUCUGGGGAUGCUGAACCGCGUUGAUCCCAAACUCAACACUUCCUGCCAACUUUGGUUUAAUGGAACAAGUAAACCAGUAUUCGCAAAGGUAUCGGAGUACAAAUAUAUCUGGAAUAGGGCGUUUGGCAAAUAUAAAAACGGCGUGCUUCAGCCUUAUUUGUUAUCGUGUCAAGUGCCAUAUGACUAUGCACAUCAGGUGCCGGAGUCUGUGUCCCUCGUAGAGCGGCCGUGCGACACAGCCACAACUAACCUCAGGGUCGUUAACAAUCGUCCAGCAGAAGGUCAGACGAAAGACUUUUUUCAUUUCAACAGCAUUUCAUAUAGUGUAUCUUGGGAUCUCGUUUACCUCCCAGAAGUCUCUAACAUCAUCUAUGAGAAGUUUUGUUCAUUCUUCUACACUUUAUCUACCACGUUCUUCCGGUUCAAGUCGAAAUUGGAUUAG